ACAAUUAGAUGAACUUAUUUAAUUAUUUUUCAUCAAUUGAAACUGGAUGAGAUUAACUAAGAAUUCUUGAGUUGAAGAACACUAUUAAUGUGAAGAAUGAAGAAGAAUUCCUUUAAUUGGAUAUAUCUUCUUGAGAAUUGUUCUGCAAAAAAAAAUAAAUAAAUAACCAAAUUUCUGUUUACUUGGUUUGAGGGUUAAAUGGCGGAAACUUGUGUACAAGUUCUCAUGUUAAGAAUGAAGAAAGAACUCUUUGAUUAAUCAGCUACAUCUUUACAAGAAAUGUUCAUAAAAAAAAGCAAAAUACAAAACCAAAUUUCUGUUUGUAUAAAAACAUUUAUCUCAGUUCAUUAUUAUCAAAAAACUAAACUAGUAAUAGAAAUUGCAUUUGAUGAGUUGGAUAUAUACUUCAUUUUUUUUCCUUAAUUUUGUCACAUUAAUUGUACAUUGACAUUGUGUAUGUUGCAUUUUAGAACAUUUCAAUUACUUAAGGUUAUAAGGUUAUGAUUUACAUACGUAUGUACAUGUACUACACUAUUGUACUGUAGUUAGCAUGUCUUCACUGUAUUUCACUGUAUACAUGUUUGCUUUUGUUUUUCUUUUUUUUUUUUGUAAAAAAAGACAUUCAUUAAAUUAAAAUAGAAAAUAUGUUAUUAUGAAUGAAAAAUUGUCAUUUGGUUUACAAGCUUAUUUUGUAUGAUGAAUUAAUUAUGAAUUAAUGUCAUGAAAGCUUUUAAGCUUAAUUUUUAUUUUUUGUGGCUUUAAUGUUUGUAAUUAAAUAAUGGAUGUUUUCAGUGUUGAAUAAGACAAUAAAAAAUUUAUCAUUGCAUCAUAUUUUGACUUUGACUUGUGUUUUGCAAUACUUGUUUUUAGUAGGCCCUUUCCAAUGUAAUUUGUAUCAACUCUUGCUUAAUUGGCCCAAAAAAUGACUUUUGAGGUCUGUCAAAGUGUCUGUCAACAGUAGUUGGAUUGAGAUUUUCCAGUCUUUUUGUGUGUACAUACAUGUUCAGGAACAUAGAAAGUAUUGAUGGGCCCUAUGGUUGUCUGUAAUUUCUGAACAAAAUGGAUAUUUUGGAGGGCACACAGUAAAGUUCGGAGACAUAUUUCAGAACUAAACUGGUUGUACAUGACAAGGAGUAGGGUCGCCUGUUCAACCUCGUGGGUUUUCUCCGGGUCUUAUGCGCAAGCGAAUUAUUGAAAUAAAAUUGAACCAUGUGUUAGUCCCGAAAUGGCUUAGUUUGUGUUGAGUGAAUGUUAAACCCCAUUUCUCUAUCUGUCUCUUUAAAGCCAGCUAUGUGUUAUUGGUAAUGCCAUUCGGCCUGACAAUGUAUGCAUGUAGGCCUGCAUUUAUCGGACGGAUUGGAUUGGGAUUUAUAUUUAAAAUGAGCUCUGUCCUCCCAUCCUAGUUUUUCUCCCGCCAGAGCAUAUCUCCUAAACCAUUUAAGACAUCUUUAUGAAGCGUAUACGCAUAUCCUAUAUGUCUUAGUAGUUGUCUCAUUUGCUAAUUAGAAAUUUAAUGGAUUUGAUGGUGGGUUGGAUGGAUGAAUGGUUAGCAUGUGCGCGCUGUAUCAUAAAGCCUGUCAUUAAGUCUACUGGCGUGGUUUCGAAUUCCCGGUUGUACGUGACAAGGAGUAGGGUUGCCUGUCCAACCUCAUGGGUUUUCUCCGGGUCCUCCGGUUUCCUCCCACUGCUAAAGACCACUUUAUUGAAAUAAAAUUAAACCGUAUGUUAGUCCUGAAAUGACCUAGUUUGUGUCGAGUGGACGUUAAACGCAAUUUCUCUCUCUCUUUAAUGGAUUUGAUACUUUUGUUAGAAACAAAUUUGGUGUGGGGGUUUAAUAUACAGGGGCCAUGGAUGUUGAUGACUCGGCCUGACUGUCUAAUGUUAGUCUCAAAAUGACCAAAUUCUUGCAAUGAUCAGAUGUUAGACACAUUAAUUUAAAUAGUGACUCAAGUCUAUAACUUAACUUUAUUGAAGGAUUUAAUGGAGGAUCAUACAAGAUGGAUGAAUCGUGCCAUGGACUUGGCUCGUGAAGCUUUAAAAAAUAAAGAAGUUCCAGUCGGAUGUAUUUUGGUUUAUAAAGAUCAGGAAUUAGCACAGGGUAGAAAUGAAGUAAAUGAAACUAAAAAUGCCACCAGACAUGCUGAAAUUGUUGCAAUUGAGAAAGUGUUAAAAUGGUGUGAUGAAAAUAAUAAGAAUUCUGAUGAAAUCUUUGAGAAUAUUACUUUAUAUGUGACUGUAGAACCAUGUAUUAUGUGUGCAGCUGCAUUACGUCAGAUGAAAAUUCCUCUCGUGGUUUAUGGAUGUGCUAAUGAUAGAUUUGGCGGCUGUAAAUCUAUUUUACCUGUAGCAAGUGAUGAGUUGCCUACCUUAGGUCCUAAAUUAGUUUGUAUAUCAGGGCUUCUAGCAGAAGAGGCAGUAGAUAUAUUGAAGGAGUUCUACAAGGGCGAAAAUUUAAAUGCUCCUGAAGAUAAAAGAAAAAUAAAACUGAAUUGAUUCUGGUA